ACGCUGCACGGCGCUGCACUGCCCCCUACAGUUCAAGACGUCCAGCUCAGCUCUGCUGAUGUGUACAGCUCAACAUUUGGAUGACUGAGGCAGAUCUGUACACAGUGUAUAAGGGGGUCUAUAUGCCCGCACUGCUGCACCCUCCACACAGUCUGAAGUACUACGAGGACUUUUCGUUUCGCCCAGAUGAUAUCCUCGUUGCAACCUAUCCAAAGUCAGGUACGACCUGGAUGCAGGAGAUUGCUCCUCUGGUCGUGAGUGGAGGCGACCCAGCUUCUGUUGACGCUCUUCCUAACUGGGACCGCGUUCCAUGGCUGGAGGAACAGCGCUCCUGUGUCCUAAACCUUGAACAGCGGCCGUCCCCACGCGUGUUCGCCACACACUUCCACUACAACAUGAUGCCAGCAUCCUUCUUCGAAGCCAAGCCAAAGGUCAUCUAUGUCAUGAGGAACCCCAAAGAUGUAUUCACGUCUUCCUUUCACUAUUAUGGGAUGGCAUCGUACCUGGUAAACCCCGGCUCACAGAGCGAGUUCCUCCGCAAGUUCCUCGAUGGAAAAGUCAUGUUUGGCUCAUGGUUUGAUCAUGUAAAAAGCUGGCUGAAUGCUGAGGAUAAAGAGCGCAUAAUGUACAUCUCCUAUGAAGAGAUGAAAAUGGACCUGAAGGACUCAGUGUCACGAAUUGCUCAGUUCCUGGAGAAAUCGUUGGAUGCUGAGGUGAUCGAGAGGAUAGCGGACCGAUGUCUGUUCAAGAACAUGAAGCAGAACAAAAUGUCAAACUACUCUACAGUUCCUCGCGAGUUCCUGGACCAGACAAAGUCAGAAUUUCUCAGGAAAGGUAUUGUGGGAGACUGGAAAAACCAACUAACCGUGGCCGAAGCAGAGUACUUCGAUGCAGUUUACAAAGACCAGAUGAAAGAUGUCAAAUAUAAAUUUGUAUGGGAUUAAAAUCCCCCCCCGCCCAAAAAAAAA